CUUUCUUUUAGUUUUGUUCAUUUCUUCAUUGAUUUGUUUAUCGAGUCUCCCUCACUCAUCAUGGCCGAGAUUGAGCUAAAAACAGCACCUGUUGAUUUUCGCUUUCCUACAACUAAUCAAACCCGGCACUGUUUCACUCGCUACAUAGAGUUUCAUAGGUGCCUUACAGUAAAAGGUGAUAACUCAGGGGAAUGUGAGAAAUUUGCCAAAUAUUACCGUUCUCUUUGCCCCGGUGAAUGGGUUGACAAGUGGAAUGAACAGAGGGACAAUGGAACCUUCCCCGGUCCUCUUUGAAAGCAUGUGUGUUUGAUACCUUUCUGACAAAUUUUUAAACAUUUUGUUGGUUUGUUUUCUUGAAUACUUUUGAUUAUCUUCACCAAUUCAUGGUGUAGAUCAAUAAUGCAGCCUCUGAUUUUCGUUGCUCCACAAAUUAUUGAAACCAGUUUUCUUUUUAAGCUAAUGUCAUGGUUCUGAUAUAUUA